AUGAUCUACAAAUCCAGCUUUUUCUUCAAUAGCAACUUCCUCUUUUUGUCCAGCUUUCUUUUCUCUUUCUUUCCUUUUCAACAAUUCUGUUUUGACUUUCUUUACUUUUCUUUAUUUAUCUAUCUGUGUUUCUUUCUGUCUUUCUUUCUUUCUUUCUUUCUUUCUUUCUUUCUUAAUAUCUUUCUUUCUUUCUAUUUUAUGCUGGUUCGUUUCAAUUUAUACAAUUUGCCUAUCAAUUUCCCUCUUUUUGUUCAGCCUUUUAUACAUUGUUUCUUUCUUUUUUCUUUCUUUCGUUUACUUAUAAUCAUAUUUCAGUUGAUAUUUCAUUUAUCAUAUCUGCUUGCGCUUUUUGGUCUGGUAAUUUGUGCAUUUCUUCUUACUUUCUUUUUCAAUUCAUUUUUGCCAUUCUUUCUUUCUUUUUAUAUUGACGUACUUCAGUUUCUAUCCUUGUCUAUCAAUUUCCUCUUUGUCCAGCCAUUUUUUUUCAACAAUUCAUUUUGGCGUUACUUUCUUUCUUUCUUUUUCUUUCUUUCUUUCUUUCUUUCUUUCUUUCUUUCGUUCUAUUUUAUAUUAUACUUUUGUUUACCAAUUUCUUCUUUUGUCCAGCCAUUUUUUCAACAGUUCAUUUUAGCGUUUCUUUCUUUCUUUCUUUCUUUCUUUCUUUCUUUCUUUCUUUCUUUCACCCAUUAUUAUUGCCUUCAUUUUUUAUUUACUUCAAUCGUGUUUCCUUUUUUUUAUUUCUCUCCAUCUCUUGUUGUUGUACAUUUAUAUUAA